AUGCUGAGGGAGAUCUGCCCAGAGAUUGACACAACGCCAGUAGGCAUGAUCAAAAGCUCCAGGGUGCCAGACUUGCGGAUGGUGAUUGUGACUGAUAGCAGACAACCGGGGAUGCUCCAUGUAGACGAUGUGAUGCAAGCAGCGGAGAGUCGGCACCACAAAGAGCUGACGGAUCUGCAGAGCAAGCUGUCCUCAGAUGAACCCAUCAACAUUCAGUUCACAUCAGGGACUACAGGGAGUCCAAAGGGAGCCACUCUCUCCCACCACAAUAUUGUAAACAAUGCCUACUUUAUUGGUCUCCGAAUGGGUUAUGGAUGGAGACCUCAGGUGCGAGUGUGUGUGCCCGUACCCAUGUACCACUGCUUUGGCUCUGUGCUGGGAGGGAUGAGUAUGGCGGUGCAUGGUAUCACACUGGUCUUCCCAUGCUCUGGCUACAGUAGCCGAGCCAACCUAGAGGCCAUUCAGAGCGAAAAGUGCAAUUUCGUCUACGGCACUCCCACAAUGUUCGCCGACAUGCUUAGCCAAGAUUUACACAAGUAUGAUUUGUCAUCAGUUGAAGCUGGUAUCAUGGGAGGUUCUCCGUGCCCUCCUGCGAUUAUGAGAAAACUGAUAACAGACAUGAACAUGAAAGAGAUAACGAUAUGUUAUGGAACCACUGAGAACAGCCCUAUUACAUUUAUGGGAUUCCCACAAGACACAGAGGAGCUGAAGACGAACACUGUUGGAUGCAUCAUGAGCCACACUGAGGCUAAAGUGGUGGAUCCUAAUAAUGGGGAGAUUGUCCCUCUCGGGGCCUCAGGUGAGCUGAUGAUCAGAGGCAGCUGUGUGAUGCAUGGAUACUGGGACGAUCCUGAGAAAACCAGACAGGCUAUUUGCCAAGCCCGCUGGUACAGGACUGGUGACGUGGCCAGUCUGAACAGUCUGGGAUACUGCUGCAUCGAAGGACGCAUAAAGGACAUGAUCAUUCGAGGAGGGGAGAACAUCUACCCCGCUGAGAUAGAGCAAUUUCUCUAUACACAUCCCAAAGUACAGGAGGUGCAGGUGGUCGGAGUGAAAGAUGAGAGGCUGGGCGAGCAGGUGUGUGCCUGCAUCAGGCUGAUGGAGGGCCAGACCUCCAGUGCAGAGGAGAUAAAAGCAUUCUGCAAAGGCCAAAUUUCUCACUUCAAGAUGCCACACUACGUGAUCUUUGUAGACAGCUACCCUCUGACAGCCUCUGGAAAGAUCAAGAAGAACUUAUUAAAGGAGGCAAUGGAGAAGAAAUUAGGUCUUUAAUUUAGUGUAGCCUGAUGGACAGAAUAUCAGUG